AUGACACUUUCAGUGGACAAACGAUAUGAAAUUAUCUUUUUAUCUCGUCAUCCAAUGGGACCACAACUUGGUGUGAAGGCUGUUGCAAAAGCAAUAAAGUGUGCAAAGAGUACUGUACAAUAUUGGCUCAACAGAUGGAAAGAAUCUAAAGAUCUAAGUGACUCGAAGCGUAUUGGACGACCUCGUAGCACAACGAAAAAAGUGGAUCAACGAAUCAGUGACCUCGCCAGCACCGACAAUAUUGCCACAACACGCGACAUACAACGUGUCCUAAAGUGA